AUGGCUUCCCCUGUGAUUAAGCUCAACAAUGGCAAAGAGAUGCCCCUUGUAGGCUUCGGUCUCUGGAAAGUCAACAAUGACACUUGCGCCGACACCGUCUACAAUGCCAUCAAGACCGGUUACCGCCUGUUCGAUGGUGCCUGCGAUUAUGGCAACGAGAAGGAAGCUGGUGAGGGUGUCGCUCGCGCCAUCAAGGACGGCCUUGUGAAGCGUGAGGAGCUCUUCAUCGUCUCGAAGCUCUGGAACUCCUUCCACGAGAAGGAUCGCGUUGCUCCCAUCGCCAAGAAGCAACUCGCGGACUGGGGUCUCGACUACUUUGACCUGUUCAUCAUCCACUUCCCUGUCGCCAUGGAAUACGUUGACCCAUCUGUCCGCUACCCACCAGGUCUCUACAACAAGGAUGGCAAGCUCGCCAUCACUAAGGCGCCUCUCCACGAGACCUACGCUGCCAUGGAAGAGCUGUAUGAGCAGGGUCUCAUCAAGGCCAUUGGUGUUUCCAACUACAACGGCGGUCUGCUCCUCGAUGUUCAGCGUUACGCCAAGGUCCUGCCUCAAACCCUCCAGAUCGAGCACCACCCAUACCUCGUCCAGAAGAACCUGACAGAUCUGUGCAAACACCUCGGAAUUGCCAUCACUGCAUACUCGUCUUUCGGCCCACAGUCCUUCCUCGAGCUCGACUCUCAAAAGGCAAAGGACACGCCUCUUUUGUUCGACCACGAGACUGUCAAGAGCAUUGCUGAUAAGCACGGCAAGACACCCGCACAAGUUCUGUUGAGGUGGUCCACACAGAGAGGCAUUGCUGUCAUCCCCAAGAGCAACAACCAGAGCCGGUUGGCAGCCAACUUGGACGUCUGCAGCUUCGACCUCAGCGAGGAGGACAUUGAGCAGAUCGCUAGCCUCGACAGGGGCCUGCGAUUCAACAACCCUACUGAUUGGGGAAUGGAGGUCUCUAUCUUCGCAUAG